AUGAAGCUAAAGAAAUUUUUGUCCAACGAUUCAGAGGCGGGUGUGGUCAAGGUCAGGCAAAGAAAACCCACGGGUAGUGACACAGAAGGGGGUGUCAAAAAGCAGAAAAAAACCCAGAGCAACGAUUGGCCAGACGCACCUGCCAAAGUGAGGCCUCCUCCAAAGAAACGGGCCAAGAUGGAAUUGGAACUCCUUAAAGCCGCCAGCAAGGCAAUACCAGAAGAGAUGGUCCGUGCCGCAGAUGUCAAGGCAGAGAACCCACUGGUAACCCACUUGCAGGAGGAAAAUGAUAGGGCAAAGAAUUUGGAUCAAAGGAGUAGUGACCCUGUCCAAUGUGACAGUAACAAUGCGCAAAAGGACACAGAUGAAAACCAAGUGGAAAUUAAAGAAGUCACCGUGAGUUCUUACUUUCGAUAAAUUGUCUGUAAAUCUAGCUAGUUUGUGUGUGUUGCUGUUAUAUUGUUCAUUCAUUCAAUAAUCAUAACAACUCAAAAAGUUAAUGCACAUGAGGAUUUAUUAAUUUUUUUUAUAGGAACGAAAUCUGAAGUGAAGUGCCAACACAUAAAGACGUAAAUUUUUUAUUAGACUCACUGUGUUAGCAUCCAUCUAUGCUAUGUAUAGAGUGACAAUAAUUAAUAUCUGGCCCUGGAUUAAAAUUUUUAAAAUGAAAUUGAACCCCUAUUCAACUAAUAUGCUUUGUGACCAAAUUUUCUGCCUGCCCAACACCCUUUCUGACCAAUCACUGGCCAAACAACCUUUCUGGCCAAACAACCUUUCUGGCCAAACAUCCUUGAUCAUAUUAUAUAAUAAAGUUUUUAAAAUGAUUUUUUUUUCUAAAAUGUGAAAUCGUGGAUUUACAUUUUUUAAAUAUAAAGAAGUUACGUUGGUUAGUUUUUCACCAAUCUGGUAAAGUAUUUGCUGUUUGUAGACUUUCAAAUAAUGACAUUGUCAAGUCAUGGUUUUUAAACUAUUAUAAUUUAUAGUGUAACACACACUAUUAAACAUUUAAUUAUAAUUAAAAGGUGCCUCAAGGCAAGAAAAAGAUUAAACCGGCCUUCAAGAGCAGCCCACGGAAUUCAUCCAAGACAUCGAACGCAGACAUCAAACCAUCAGCGGCAGACCUGGCAGAGGAACCUGAGCUGGUCACCAUGCUUGAGAACAUGAUGAGGCCGCGGGGUCUCAGGUUCCAACAGUACUGCUGCACCCUAUGUCAAACUAAGUUCAAAAGUGCACGCCGUACAGUCAAGCAUUUACACCAACACGGACUCCGCGGGGAGGAAUCUUUGUCAAAAAUUAUCAUAUGCGAGAAAGAUAAAGAGCCUGAGGUAAAAUAUUUUGAGAACAAGUUAGUUUGAUGUUAGUUUUGUUCUGUUAAUCCCCUAAAUGAGAACAAGUUAUAGUUUGAUGUUAGUUUUGUUCUGUUAAUCCCCUAAAUGAGAACAAGUUAGUUUGAUGUUAGUUUUGUUCUGGAAGUGGAAGACUAUUUAAUAGAGGGGAUGUGAUUUUAUCCAUUGUCCAACCCCACGAAUUUUGAAUAUUCAUGUUUUUUAAAAACUUAUUCCAUGUCAAUGAGUUUUACAUUUCUAAGAGUAUUACAUUUCUAAGAGUUUUACAUUUCUAAGAGUAUUACAUUUCUAAGAGUAUUGCUUUUCUAAGAGUAUUGCUUUUAUAAUAGUAUAGCAUUUCUAAGAGUGUUAAAUUUCUAAGCAUUUUGCUUUUAUAAGACUAUUGCUUUUCUACAAGUAUCACUUAUUGGAGCCACUCAUUUUAAUUGUGCUCUGACCUACAAAUAAAAAGGCCACAAAAAGGCUCAUUAUUGUAAUGAGCUGUGAUGUAGGACAGGUUUUUACUGUAGCUCUGUGUGCACGUUACACGUUCAUAGUCUGUUUUAUGAUAAUUCUGAGUAUGAAUUUUCUGAAAGUUUAGAAAAUGCAUGACCGAGAAGGUCCUCUUUGAAACCUCCUAAUUGAUUGUCACUAAACCAUGUACAUGUGCCCCCCCCAACACCCCCACUUCCUUUCUUCUCUAGGCGUGCAGUGUGUGCGGUUACAUCACCAAGGAUCGCACCUACCACUACAUGCACUACCACAAGUACUUCAAGCACGGCAUCCCACUGCCCUUGGGGUGGCGGCCCGACCGUUGCCAUGUGUGUGGCAAGGAGUGCUUCACCAAGUUCCAGCUCAAGGAGCACAUGAUGACCCACAUGGACACGCCGACCUUCAUCUGCUGGAAAUGUGGACAGGUGAGUUUACAUGAUGACCCACACGGAAACACCGACCUUCAUCUGCUGGAAAUGUGGACAGGUGAGUUUACUUGAUGACCUACACGGACACGCCGACUUUCAUCUGCUGGAAAUGUGGACAGGUGAGUUUACAUGAUGACCCACACGGACACGCCGACCUUCAUCUGCUGGAAAUGUGGACAUGUGAGUUUACAAUGAAAACACGCAGACACACACACACAGACACGCCGACCUUCAUCUGCUGGUAUGUGGACAGGGGAGCUUACUUACAACACUUGCAGACAGUCAUACAGAGACAUGUAGACCUUCAAAUGGUGGACAUUUGAGAUCAUCUACCUUUACAUGUUCAAAUUUAGAGAUCCAAUGCUUUUAGGGGCACUUCAUUUACCCAAAUCUCCCAUUUGGAGAUCCAAUGCGCCUAGAGGCACGUCACUUACCCAAAUCUCCCGUUAGGAGAUCCAAUACUCCUAGAGGUAUGUCACUUACUCUAAUCUCCCAUUUGGAGAUCCAAUGCUCCUAGAGGCACGUCACUUACCCAAAUCUCCCAUUUGGAGAUCCAAUGCGCCUAGAGGCACGUCACUUACCCAAAUCUCCCAUUUGGAGAUCCAAUGCUCCUAGAGGCACGUCACUUACCCAAAUCUCCCAUUUGGAGAUCCAAUGCUCCUAGAGGCACGUCACUUACCCAAAUCUCCCAUUUGGAGAUCCAAUGCUCCUAGAGGCACGUCACUUACCCAAAUCUCCCAUUUGGAGAUCCAAUGCUCCUAGAGGCACGUCACUUACCCAAAUCUCCCAUUUGGAGAUCCAAUGCUCCUAGAGGCACGUCACUUACCCAAAUCUCCCAUUUGGAGAUCCAAUGCUCCUAGAGGCACGUCACUUACCCAAAUCUCCCAUUUGGAGAUCCAAUGCUCCUAGAGGCACGUCACUUACCCAAAUCUCCCAUUUGGAGAUCCAAUGCUCCUAGAGGCACGUCACUUACCCAAAUCUCCCAUUUGGAGAUCCAAUGCUCCUAGAGGCACGUCACUUACCCAAAUCUCCCAUUUGGAGAUCCAAUGCUCCUAGAGGCACAUCACUUACCCAAAUCUCCCAUUUCCACUGUUAUUUUUAUUUGAUGCUUUCCUCAUCGUGGUCUCCUGAAAAUCGUUUAUUUCUAAUGAAUAGACAUAUUGUUAGUCAACAAUAAAAUGUUAUAAUACAGGAUGCGCCAAAACUAUCAGUACUGAAACUCCUGGAUCUUGAUGGCUUACUUGCCUUUGUCCAACGGUGCAUAUGUCCAGCUGCCAUGUGGCCAUAGAAGGGAAAAGUUUUAUUUGUUGGGCAUUUUUUGUUCGCAGUCUGACCACGGAAGAAAAGUAUUCAUAGUUGAGCAAUAUUUUCCCCUCAUAUGUUAGUGAACGGAAAGGGUGAUCGGGGUAUAAAAAAAGUUUGAAGAACGAUUCCGAGAGAGAUUAAGAAAAAGGGCACUAAGUAACACAGUUCUGGAAAGGUACUCUGACACCAAGUAACACUGCCCUGGAAAGGUUCUCUGACACUAUGUAACACAGUUCUGGAAAGGUACUCUGACACCAAGUAACACAGUUCUGGAAAGGUACUCUGACACCAAGUAACACGGUUCUUGAAAUGAAAUGGGAAAGUCUGAUCGACCUCUUAGAAACUAGAGGGAAAGUCUGAUCGACCUCUUAGAGGAAUGUGACCUUUGUUGGAGAACCAGACUUGUUUACCCGAUUUUGGCAAACAAUGUACAAUUUUGAGGUGUAUACAUCAUAUACUGUCUGAUUAUUUUUGUCUAUAAAUAUAAGGUAUUGUAUGAUUUUGUGAUGAUAGUGUACAAUUUUAAGAGUUUGAGGGUAAACAGGUCUGGAGAACCACUCGUUCUUAUAAAAAAAACUGGAACCUUGUACACCAUAGCCAGAAAUUUCAACAGUACAUCAUCCUGGCUCGCUUAUCAAGCUUCAAAACUCUGCCCAACCUGUAUCAGAAACAAUAAUGCACUUAUGUCCUUAAAAAAUCGACGAACUAACGUAUUACUGAUGUUCAGUUAGAAGGAUGUUCCUCGCAGACUUAAUAGGGGCGAACACAUCACCUUCAGGAGAACACAGGCAGGAUUCUUAUUAACGAAAAACUUACUCGUCCAUAAGACUUCCUCUUUCAUUAAUUCACACAAUGCAUUUCCAUAACGGUGAAAUGUCUUAACAAUUUACAGCAUAACUGUGUUAAUUGGUUCCGUUUUUUUAAAAUUUGCCUUGGCAUUGUUCUGCCACCCUGAUUCGAUCCCCCUUCACAAUCACUACGUCACUUACAUGCGAGCAAAAAAUUAUCAUCAACUAUGAGAAAUAAUUCCUCCGUAGAGGGACCCAUUUCCAGCAACAACGGGCUAACACAACGUCCUCAACAUUUCAAGGAUCACGUGGCGGCUGAAGCUAUGCAGUAUUUACGAGUGCAUUAAUGCAGUUUCAGUACUGUAACUUUUGGAGCAUACUGUAAAAUGUAUAUAAUUUGUAUAUUUUCUUCCCUGAAGAGUUUCAAAACAAGGAAUGGCUAUAACAGUCACUUCUUCCAUACACACAGUGAGGUUCGCAAACAUCUCUGUAAGGCUUGUGGGAAGACCUUCAAAACUUGGACUCAGCUAAAAGUCCAUGUUCGGUCGCACACAGGU